AUCAUGUUGUCAAUUUAACUCCGGCGGCACGGAGAUCCAGACCGCCGCCAAUUCCACUUCGCACUUCACACCUCUCAUUGACUGGAUCGAGAUUUUAAUUUGGUUGCUACGUAGCGUUUAGGUGGUGAAGUUUGAUGGAUCGGAAGCGGACGGAGAGCACGGUGUCUGUGACCAUCGGUGGUCUUGCGACACCGGCAUUGUCUUCGGCUCGUAACCACCAUGUUCGUUCCCACCAUGUUCGUUCUUCCUCUGCCUCUGGAAUUUCCAGCAUCAAGCGCACCCAAAAUGUGGCUGCCAAAGCUGCGGCUCAGCGGUUGGCUCAGGUCAUGGCUUCUCAGACCACUGACGAUGAUGACGAAGAUGACGCCAACGAUCUAGGAUUCCGCUACACUACUCUUCCUCCCCUGUCUCUAUCUAGGUCCAUUAAUGCUGCACCUAGUAGUGCCGGAAACAGUACAGUUGAUGCAAGUAAAUCUGCUAGGAUCAGUAGAUCUCCUUCACCUGCGUUAACUCAGAACAAUGUAGAGGAAACUUCAUCAGUUCGCUCAACAUCAGCUGGAAAGCCAUCAAUGCCUCUUCGCACAGGAGCACCACCAAUACCUCCACCCAAUAAAACUUCUCUGAGGAUGGCUGUUUGCAUGCCACCAUCGGAUCCUCCAAAAAAUCGUCCAAUGGAGAAAAGAUUCACGACUGAUAAUGUAAAUUUUAACUCAAAAGAUACUGGAGGUCAGCAUGACGCUUCUGCACUCCGUGAUGAACUUGACAUUCUUCAAGAGGAGAACGAGAAUAUCCUUGAGAAGCUUAGACUUGAGGAAGAAAGAUGCAAGGAAGCAGAGGCCAGAGUUAGAGAGCUUGAAAAACAGGUGGUUGCUCUUGGAGAAGGUGUGUCCCUAGAAGCCAAACUCUUGAGCAGAAAGGAGGCCGCAUUGUGUCAAAGAGAGGCUGCACUUAAGGAUGCAAAACAAAGCAAGGAUGGGAUAGACAUGGAGAUUGCAUCUCUUCAUUCUGAAGUUCAGAAUGCAAGAGAUGAAGCUGCAGUUGCUGGGCAGCAGCUUCAUGGAGCUGAAUCUGAAGUAAAGGCACUUCGCUCAAUGACACAAAGAAUGGUAUUGACACAGAAAGAGAUGGAAGAAGUUGUUCUGAAAAGGUGUUGGCUUGCUCGCUACUGGGGCUUAGCUGCGAAGUAUGGUAUAUGUGCAGAUAUUGCAGUGUCAAAAUAUGAAUACUGGUCAUCCUUAGCACCUCUCCCCUUUGAGGUUGUUGUUUCUGCUGGACAAAAGGCCAAGGAGGAAUGUCGGGAAAAAGUUGAUGAUGACAAUGAGAAACAGAGCGAACUUGUUUCAGAAUUCAAUGAUCUAACUGGGGAAGGAAACAUUGAGAGUAUGCUUUCAGUUGAAAUGGGUCUAAAGGAGCUUGCUUCAUUAAAGGUUGUGGAUGCUAUUGUGCAUGCAUUAGCUCAACAAAGAAGAGCAGAUUCUGUUCAACUGUCUACAGGAGACAUCAAAUCACCACAUGAAGUAAAGUUUAUGGAGGCAUUUGAAUUGAGUCCCGAGGAAUCAGAGGAUGUUCUUUUCAAGGAGGCAUGGCUUACAUAUAUCUGGAGAAGAGCCAAAGCCCACAGCAUCGAGGAGGACAUUGCAAAAGAAAGACUUCAAUUUUGGAUCAGCCGCAGUGGGUAUUCACCAAGUUCACAUGAUGCUGUAGAUGUUGAGGAAGGACUAAUGGAGCUAGCAAAACUGGGGAUCGAGCAUCGACUUUGGGAAGCAUCCCGCAAACAAAUUGAUCAAGACAACUCUACUUCUGCUUGAAAAUCUGCUAAAAAAAUAAACUUACGGAGAAUGUCCAAUGUAGGAUCAGGACCAUAGUGAGCCCUUGGAUUGCGUUGAUAUGAAAAUGGCUUUACCUGAGUUCGUUUCAACUAAAUGAUGUGUGUUGCCCUUCUGUUGAGGACUGGUUACAGGGUGUUUUGUAUGGGACAACUCCCAAAUUUUGUGAACCAUCUUCAAAAAAGCCCAUGAGACAAUGAAUUAUUAGUGUAGAACAAAUGUACGAGUCACAACCAUUAGGAAAGCUGACAGGUCAAUAAGAACGAUCUUAAACU